AUGGUCCUUUCUUUCACACGGCCGGUCUGCCCCAUGGCUACGAAAUUGUACGCAAAGCAGCGUGCGACGCGCCUGGAGCAGUCUCCGAGGACCGGUGUCGACCACACGUGCAGUUCCCCUGAUCUGCCGGGUACCAGGAGUAAGGGUAAAGGCAGGCAACACCCUGAGGACUACGGCAAACCCGUCUUCGAAGGCCAGUCGGCUUCGGAAUCACAGCUGCUGGUACGAGACAAUGCUUCAAACCCAACAUCUCCUCGGCUAGACCACAUCCCGGGCAAGGGCGAUAACUGCUCCAGUCCGGUGUCUGACAGCAUGGACCACAACAGCCCCAUCCAGGAGAUGUGCACCAGCAGAAAGUGCACCAGGGUUUACCCUCAGAGAGACCCCGGGAGUACUCAAGCUUACAAACAAGACAGGUCUAGGAGCUGCGGUAAACAGGCUACGGUUAAGAAACAUGGAAUAUGUUCACCAGUGUCCUAUGAGUCUGAAGAGGCUCUAUCACGUCAGAUCAGGGACAUCCAUCAUGAUGCUAGGAAGAGCUCCCGGAUAAUCAGGGAUUCCAGGAACAGGCUCCUCGAAAUUCAAAAGAAAACCACAAUAACAGAGGCUGAUGUAAAGGAGCUAGGUGAACGCAACGACUUGCUGCUUCGGGAGAUGGAGAGGUUCGACCGCAUGACCAGGACUAUUCAGAAGCUGGUGGGAGGCGACCCUCUGAUGCGGAAGAGAGAGGAGCCACCGAGGUGCUUGGAUUAUUAUGUACCAAAGAAUGCUUAUGAGCCAGUCCUAUACCACGAGAUGAAGAUGAAUCACCCGACAGUGCUCCUCGCGGGUCCCCGAUGCGGUGCGGCCCCAGGUCCGGCUGCCACCGGGCCCCAAAGCCGCAGCAAAUCCGAGAUUGACCUGACUCGCAAGCUAAGUGAGAGCUACGACAUGCAAGAGAAAUUGGCCGCUGAUAACGCCGACUUAGAAGUCAAGAGGUAUAUAUUGUACAAGGAGCUUAUGACGAAAGACCAGAAUCUGGAGACUUGCAGAGCUCAGAUCAAGAGACUGCAAGGGGAACUGAAGUUAAUGAGUAGAGAGAACACUUUGCUACAUGAAAAGCUGGAUAAGAAUAAUCCGGAGGGCGAUGCGGCUCCGGUGAAACAAGAUUCCAGAUGUCAACAGGAGAAUACAGAUUUAUGUGAACAAAGUGGCAAGUCUGUCGAUUCAACUCAAGCGGAGGAGCUUUUUAGUAAAUUAGAGGAUUAUAAGAAUUCUACCGAAGGGAUAGAAAAACUAUUAGGAGGAUUGGAGAUAGAAGUGCGCCAAGUGAGGAUGGAAAUGGAUCAGGUGAAGAGUGCCUCGAAGAAUGGGUGCCGCGGCAGUGGCGGCAACCCUAACACUUGUUUUGAGCAAGGGGCGGGACCACCAGUGCCUCCAAUGGCGAGGGCAUGUGGUGUAUGUCCUCCUUGUCCAGCACCAUGCAACCCUAACGCUCCACCGACUCCCGCUGAGAGGGAAGUGCAGAAACUAACACUCCAGCUACGACAGACCGAAGAAAGCUUCAAAACCAAAGUUGCUGAGUGCGCUAUGCUCAGAGCAGACCUGAUGAAAAAGAAAGAAGAGUUGGAGAAAGAAAGGUGCCAACAUCGAGAGGUGCAGAACAAAUUGAGAGAGCUAGAGAUGAAGUUCGAAGGACUCGGUACCCAUACGAACAUGCUACUAGGGACCAAAGAACAGGCUUUUGAGCAGGAGAUCAACUUAAGGUCUCUGAAGCAAUGUUACCGCGAGGCAAGAGAGGAGAUCGAGGAACUACGGACCUUGAUGAAGGAGCAAAAUGACCAGCUGCAGGAUUACAGAGUCAAAUACCUGCAAGCUCAGCAACUAGUGGAAGAGCAGCGCCGUCAGAUGGACAUGAUGGACAUGGAUAACACGAGGAUCAGCGAACAGAUCAACCUUGAAAUACAGAAAGUCAAGCUGAAAUUCCAAGAGAAGCUUCAAGAGUUGGCGCCGAUCCCGGACCUACUGAAGGCCACGCAGAUGAGACUGAAGGAUGCGCAACAGGCGCAGGCCCUCGCUGAGCAUAACGCGGAACAACUCGCCAGGGAACUCAACUGUGCCAGGGAGAAGGUCCAUGCGCUACUGCACAACAGUCUGAAGGCUUCUCCGGAGAAGGUGCAAGAAAAGAGUGCAGAUGACAAACAAUUGGCAAUGAUGCAACAGCGAGUGGCACAGCUCACGGAGACUAAUAUAGCGCUCAAGACUGAGAUUGAAAGACUCAAAGCAAACGUGAUUCGCAUGGAGGAGUCAGUGCUGGCCAACGAGAAGCGUCUGCAAGAGAAGAUGCACGAGUGUGCACAGAUUGGCGGCGAGCUGGACCGCGCGCGGGACGAGGCCGCGCGAGCGUUGCAGCGAGCCAAUGAACGCACGGAGACCAUUCGCAAAUGUAUGCAGACUACAAUAGCAGAAAUGGAAAGACAGCUUGCUGCUACUCGAGCUCAAGUGAAGACCGCUGAGAAAGAGCGAGAGGAGUUGCAAUGUCGCAUGCAGUGCCAGAUCAGACGCCUGAACGACAACUUUGAGCAGGCGCAGCUUCGCAUUCUGGGACUUCAGACCCAAGUCCAGACCCUCAGGAGAACCGUCUCCAGCACAGGUGACGGAGAAGGAGACAACGAACUACAGGAGUGCACCUGUAAAUCUUUCUUCGAUAAUCCUUGAGGAACAGGAAGAAAUGUGAAGACUAGUAGACCACGCCUUAUAUAAACUCCUAUACGGUCUACUGAAUAUUAGUUUGAACUGUCAUAACUGUGAUUAGCAUUGCAUGUUUGAGCGAUGUGAUUUUUGCAAAGCGAAUAUUUAUACGGUCUGUAAGGUCCCUUUCAAUGUCGGUCAACAUUUCUAGAAGAUUGAAUACGUUUUAUCCUGACUCAGUUAUCUAGAGGACAGCUUUAAGUCCUGUGGUUAUUUGUUAACGUAUCCAGUUUACCUGAGCUCACUUCGUACUGCCGCUUGAAUAUUCAAACACCUCACACUUGGCGAGAUUUACUCUAAUCCAGGAUAAAAAAAAUACAAAAAAUGCUUUAAAAUGUAGUGUGAAAUGUUGUAGAUUUUGAAAGGGACCGUGUACUGUUUGAAUGUUGUUAUUUGAUCGCAUCUGAGGAACUCCUCGAGCUGAUCUGAGCAGCAGCAUUGCUUUGUCUAGGUGAUAGUGAUAUUAUGCCCGUUGUGUCCCAAAUUGAAACGUUUCAUCGAAAUAAAGCAAACUAGAUUAAACUUA